AUGUCUCUGCUCAACCCUGUCCUGCUGCCCCCCAAGGUGAAGGCCUAUCUGAGCCAAGGCGAGCGGUUCAUCAAAUGGGAUGAUGAAACUACAAUAGCCUCUCCGGUUAUCCUCCGUGUGGACCCCAAGGGCUAUUAUUUAUACUGGACAUAUCAGAGUAAGGAGAUGGAGUUUCUGGAUAUCACCAGCAUCCGGGACACCCGCUUUGGGAAGUUUGCCAAGAUACCCAAGAGCCAGAAGCUCCGGGAUGUCUUCAACUUGGACUUUCCUGACAACAACUUCCUGCUGAAGACACUCACGGUGGUGUCUGGACCUGACAUGGUGGACCUCACCUUCCACAACUUUGUCUCCUACAAGGAGAACGUGGGCAAGGACUGGGCUCAGGAUAUACUGGCCCUGGUUAAGCACCCGCUGACGGCCAAUGCCCCCCGCUGCACCUUCCUGGACAAAAUCCUGGUGAAGCUCCAGAUGCAGCUCAACCCUGAAGGGAAGAUUCCUGUGAAGAACUUUUUUCAGAUGUUUCCUGCUGACCGCAAGCGCGUGGAAGCUGCUCUCAGUGCCUGCCAUCUCGCAAAAGGCAAGAAUGAUGCCAUCAAUCCUGAGGACUUCCCAGAAUCUGUCUACAAGAGUUUCCUCAUGAGCCUCUGCCCUCGGCCGGAAAUAGAUGAGAUCUUCACUUCCUACCACGCUAAGGCCAAACCGUACAUGACGAAGGAGCACCUGACCAAAUUCAUCAACCAGAAACAGCGGGACUCACGGCUCAACUCACUGCUGUUCCCGCCAGCACGGCCUGACCAGGUGCAGGGACUCAUCGACAAGUAUGAGCCCAGUGGCAUCAACGUGCAGAGGGGCCAGCUGUCACCCGAGGGCAUGGUCUGGUUUCUCUGUGGGCCAGAGAACAGCGUGCUGGCCCAGGAGAAGCUGCUGCUCCACCACGACAUGACGCAGCCACUCAAUCACUACUUCAUCAACUCCUCACACAACACCUACCUGACAGCUGGCCAGUUCUCAGGCCUUUCCUCGGCUGAGAUGUACCGCCAGGCGCUGCUGGCUGGCUGCCGUUGCGUGGAGCUAGACUGCUGGAAGGGGAAGCCCCCUGACGAGGAGCCCAUCAUCACCCAUGGCUUCACCAUGACCACGGACAUCUUCUUCAAGGAAGCAAUUGAAGCUAUUGCAGAAAGUGCCUUUAAGACUUCCCCCUAUCCUGUCAUCCUGUCAUUUGAAAACCACGUGGACUCUCCCCGCCAACAGGCUAAGAUGGCUGAGUACUGCCGGAUGAUAUUUGGGGACAUGCUGCUCACAGAGCCCCUGGAAAAGUUUCCACUGAAACCAGGCAUUCCCCUGCCCAGCCCUGAAGAUCUCAAGGGCAAGAUCCUCAUCAAGAACAAGAAGAACCAGUUUUCUGGCCCAGAAGACCCCAACAAGGAACCUGGUGGGGAGGCUGAGGGCGGCUGCCCGCCCAGUGCCCCUGCCAGUGGUGAGGACACAGUGUGGGCUGCUGAGGAAGGGACUGAGCUGGAGGAGGAGGCGGAAGAGGAGGAGGCGUUGGGAAGCCUGGAUGAAGAAGAGAUGAAGAAGUUGCAGUCGGAUGAGGGCACAGCGGGCCUGGAAGUGACGGCUUAUGAGGAAAUGUCCAGCCUAGUCAAUUACAUCCAGCCCACCAAGUUCAUUUCUUUCGAGCUCUCUGCCCAGAAGAAUCGAAGUUAUGUCAUCUCCUCCUUUACGGAACUCAAGGCUUAUGACCUGCUCUCCAAGGCCCCAGUGCAGUUUGUGGACUACAACAAGCGCCAGAUGAGCCGCAUUUACCCCAAGGGCACCCGCAUGGAUUCCUCCAACUACAUGCCCCAGAUGUUCUGGAAUACCGGAUGCCAAAUGGUUGCCCUCAACUUCCAGACGAUGGACCUGCCCAUGCAACAGAACAUGGCGCUGUUUGAGUUCAAUGGGCAGAGUGGCUACCUCCUCAAGCAUGAAUUCAUGCGCCGGCCGGAGAAGCAGUUCAAUCCCUUCUCGGUGGACCGCAUUGAUGUGGUGGUUGCCACCACCCUUUCCAUUAUGGUGAUCUCCGGGCAGUUCCUGUCAGAACGCAGUGUGCGCACCUAUGUGGAAGUGGAGUUGUUUGGCCUUCCUGGGGACCCUAAGAGGCGCUAUCGUACCAAGCUGUCACCCAGUACCAACUCCAUCAAUCCUGUCUGGAAUGAGGAGCCCUUUGUCUUUGAGAAGAUCCUGAUGCCGGAGCUGGCCUCCCUCAGGGUGGCUGUGAUGGAGGAAGGCGGCAAGUUCCUCGGACACCGCAUCAUCCCCAUCAAUGCCCUAAACUCUGGAUAUCAUCAUUUGUGCCUGCACAGUGAGAGCAACAUGCCCCUCACCAUGCCUGCGCUCUUUGUCUUUCUGGAGAUGAAGGACUAUGUACCCGAUACCUGGGCAGAUCUUACUGUGGCCCUCGCCAACCCUAUCAAGUUCUUCAGUGCCCAGGACAAGAAGUCUGUGAAGCUCAAGGAGGCCAUGGGAGGUCUACCCGAGAAGCCCUUCCCACCCGGAAAUCCAGUUGCUGGCCAGGUCAAUGGGGCCUCAGCCCCAACGAGCAACGGGUCAGCAGCAGCCGGAGCCAGAGCCAGGGAAGAGGCCACGAAAGAAACUUUGGAGCCGCGGACCGCCAGCCUGGAGGAGCUGAGGGAGCUGAAGAGCGUCGUGAAGCUGCAGCGGCGGCACGAGAAGGAGCUGCGGGAGCUGGAGCGUCGCGGCGCGCGGCGUUGGGAGGAGCUACUGCAGCGGGGCGCGGCGCAGCUGGCCGAGCUCCGGGCGCUGGGCGCGGGGGGCGGCGGGCGCCGCAGGCUCGGCCCGGGCAAGGGCUCCUGCAAGAAGAGAACCCUGCCCUGCGAGGAGAGCGCCGGGGCAGCGCUGGGCGAGGGCCCCGAGGGCGCGGAGGCGCGCGUGCGGGAGCUGAAGGACAGGCUGGAGCUGGAGCUGCUACAGCAGGGCGAGGAGCAGUACGAGUGCAUCCUGAAACGCAAGGAGCAGUACGCGGCUGAGCAAAUCGCCAUGAUGAUGGAGCUGGCCAGGGAGAAGCAGGCGGCAGAGCUGAAGGCCCUCAAGGAGAGCGCAGAGAUUGACACCAAAGAGAUGAAGAAAAAGCUGGAAGCCAAGAGGCUGGAGCGGAUCCAGGCCAUGACCAAAGCCACCACAGACAAGAUGGCUCACGAGAGGUUGAAGAGAGAGAUUAACAACUCCCACAUCCAGGAAGUGGUUCAGAUCAUCAAGCAGAUGACGGAGAACCUGGAGAGGCACCAGGAGAAGUUGGAGGAAAAGCAGGCGGCCUGCCUGGAACAGAUCCGGGAGAUGGAAAAGCAGUUCCAGCAGGAGGCGCUGGCAGAGUAUGAGGCCAGGAUGAAAGGCCUGGAGGCCGAGGUGAAGGUGUCAGUGAGGGCCUGCUUCCCCUCCGAGGCCAAGGACAAGCCCGAGAGAGCCUGCAAGGCCCCUGGGGAGCUGUGUGAGCCGGACCCACUCGUACCAAACGCAGAUGCCCAGGAGAGCCGCCUCUGA